AUGUCCUCGCAGGAGGACGAGCCGAAUGACAGUGAGAGUCUUCAGAACUCGAAGAAGAGGAGGGUCCAACGCGCGUGCGACGUCUGCAGACGGAAGAAGAGUGACGGAGGCCAAAUGCCCGAGAAUAGGUGCUCAAACUGUGUAACCUACAACUACGAAUGCACCUAUAUCGAAACCGCGAAGCGAUUUAAAGACUCCAAUUCCCUCAGAUAUGUAGAAAGCCUCGAGACGCGACUGGAGAAGAUGGAAAAACUCUUAAACAAGCUUUGUCCCGACGCAGACUUCUCACAAGAAUUGGGUGGCCACUUCGACAGGGAUGCCUGGAUUACAGAGCGCAAUGCGGCCGAGAAAUCUGGUGGGAAAGCGGUCGCGUAUCGCACGCCCGUCGCAGCUUCUGCCAUCGCCUCUUCCUCCACAGGAGCCCCUGUUGUCCAUCCUACAGAUCCGGAUGAACUGGAGCCUAGCGACGACGAAGUCAUGGCGCAGCAUUCUCUCGUCCACAGCUUGAAGCGAAUGCAGCUUAACCCGACACAGCUCCGCUUCUUCGGCAAGUCGAGCAGCAUUAUGUUCAUUCAGACUGCGAUGGAUCUUAAACGACAUUAUUCUGGGAUGCCGACACCCGAAUCGCGUGAGACAAUUUUACAAGACGAGCCACAACCGCACGCGUCGCAAAACUUCCCCGAUGAUGACCUCAUGUUCAUGCUCAUAGAUCUCUUCUUCACCGAGGUCAACGUUUAUACCCCUCUUUUACAUCGCCCCUCGUUCGAAAAGAAUAUCAGGGAUGGUUUACAUCUACGCGACGAAGGAUUCGGGUCCACUGUGCUUCUUGUGUGCGCGAUCGGCGCGCGCUUCACGGAAGAUAAGCGGGUCUACUUGAGCGACUUCUCGGACAGCCCACUCUCUUGCGGCUGGGAAUGGUUCAAGCAGGUCCAGAUGAUUCGCAAAUCAUUACUCGCUCCACCCCGAUUGUACGACCUACAGAUUUACUGUCUUACUGCGAUCUUCCUGCAAGGCUCGUCGGCGCCGCAGGCGUGUUGGACCAUCAUCGGUGUAGGCAUUCGCAUGGCGCAGGACGUAGGCGCGCAUCGUAAAAAGGUCUAUACAGCAACACCCACGAUUGAAGAAGAACUCUGGAAGCGCGCUUUUUGGGUAUUAGUCUCCAUGGAUCGAUCGAUCAGCUCGGCUCUCGGACGCCCGUGUGCGAUCCAGGACGAGGAUUUUGAUCUGGACCUGCCGACAGAGUGUGACGACGAGUACUGGAACCACCCAGACCCGAAUCUUGCAUGGAAGCAGCCGUCUGGUAAAGCGUCGAUUGUGACGUUCUUCAACUGUUUCCUUAGAUUGAAUCAGAUUCUUGCGUUUGCGUUGCGCACGAUCUAUUCGAUCAACAAGUCGAAAGCUCUCCUUGGCUUCGUUGGCCAACAAUGGGAACAGCAUAUAGUCGCCGAGCUAGAUUCCGCGCUCAACAAAUGGAUUGACUCGGUGCCUGACCACUUACGUUGGGACCCCAACAGAGAAAACCUUGUCUUCUUGAACCAGUCGGCAAUCUUGUACGCAAGCUAUUAUCAGCUGCAGAUCUCAGUUCAUCGGCCUUUCAUCCCGUCGCCGCGCAAGCCGUCGCCUCUCUCAUUCCCGUCGCUCGCGAUUUGCACCAAUGCCGCGCGCUCAUGUACGCAUGUGUUGGAUGUCCAAUACAAACGGACGGGUAUUCCACUGUAUCAUAAUCAGAUGUCCUUGUUCACGUGUGGGAUCGUUCUUUUGCUGAAUAUCUGGGGCGGUAAACGGUCUGGUCUGUCGACUGACCCUGCGAAGGAGAUGGCAGAUGUGCAUAAGUGCAUGAAGAUGCUGAAAGCUCUGGAACCUCGGUAUCAUCCUGCGGGGCGCCUGUGGGACAUACUCUAUGAGCUGGCUUCGGUGGGAGAUCUGCCGCUCCCCCAGAACACGCCUCCUAGCCACAAACGCGACCGGGAUUCUGACAGUCCGAAGUCGUCGAUAUCUUUGAUGGACAGCGCACCGACACCGCCCGCACAGCGCACAAGCACUCCGACUAACCAGGCCAAUGUAGAACACGCACCGCGAAGUAUUGCGGGUUCAAGACGCAUCUCGAGGGAUACAAAUGCGAUGGGGCAGUCAUAUCAGACCUCCUCACCCCAGCAGCUUUUCCAUCAUCCGAACGGCUAUCAGGGACCCACAGACCCCACGAACGCAAAUAACUUUUCCCUCCCCAUUCACAGCGAUGAGCUUGGUAGGAUCCCGUUGCACCCUAACUUCCCGCUGUCCAGUGUAGGCGACUCGCCGAUGGGUAAUACCUGGUUCACGCCACCGGCGCCAGUUUCACCGAUGCCCGGCCCGUCCUCUCAGGCCGGUCCAUCGACUAGUACGGCUGGGCCGAGUGGGUUAAAUAACGACAUCGACCCUUCGCUUGCCUCGAUCUUCACAAUGCCGAACACGGAUGUAUACGACUCAAUCUUCUCGACCAUGGGGCCACCGAUCGCGGGGACAGAAUCACAUAGCUUCCAGUCGCAAAUCGGGUCGGAUUUGCAGACAUUGCAAGAUUCUAUGCAAGAUCUUGGCGUGAUGGCGCCUCCGCAGUCAGCCGAAUCUUCGUUCCCGGAUAACACUCUCGCUAUGUGGUCGAAUGCACCUAGCGGCUUCGAAUGGGACGACUGGGGCACGUACAUCAGCAACGUAAGUGGGAUGAACAAUGGUAUGAACAACCCUCUGGGCCCAAAUAGACCACCGGGAUGAAAUUUAGACGUUUAUGUUUUCUGCAUGCUGUGCUGUCCAAGCUUGUCUGUAUUCCCUGUACACACUAUGUUACAAGUAUUGAUAUAUUAGUGGCAGAACCUUCCUUAAGU